UGGCGGAGGGUGGUUCUUCCCUUCUUCGUCUCCUCGGAAGUAGACGUCCGUGUCUAUAUUCCGUUCAUUUUAUUUUUAAUAUCAGUUUGGAAGGAUCCCUUUUAGUUUCUUUAACACCCCCACCAAAUUUCACGGCAAACAUGGAGGCGAAGCUGGACGCUUAAAAAGAUGACGGAAUCCGAUCUGCUCCUUUAUUUUACCUCAGUUUAAUGGACCGGAUGAUCUGCGUUUCCCACAACCUUGCAGGGGAGGUAGCUGUAUCCAGUGGGGGAGGUAGGCUUUUCCAGGGUUCGUGAUGAAGUUCACCCUGCCCCUGGAAAGCCGGAAGCUGUCAUCUCUUCUAGAGAAGGCAGUUUCUAGGGAAGCCAAACUAUGGAAGGUUUACGUGCCAAAGAAACCUACCAACCAGGAUACAGAUAUUUCCCCUGAAAAGCGUGAUGAGGCCGUCCGGUGGUUGAGGGAUGUUCAUUCCCAGCUGAAGCUCUAUCCAGAGACACUUUGCCUGGCCAUUGGCAUUCUGGAUCGCUUUCUCUCUGCCAUUAAGGCUCGUCCAAAGUACCUGCGCUGUAUCGCCAUCUCUUGUUUCUUCCUGGCUAUUAAGACCAGUGAGGAAGAUGAGCGCAUCCCGUCUCUGAGAGAGCUGGUGUCCAGCAGCAGAUGUGGCUGUUCUCCAUCGGAGAUCUUGCGAAUGGAGAGGAUUGUUCUGGAUAAGCUGAACUGGGACCUGCACUUCGCCACAGCACUGGACUUCCUUUACAUUUUCCAUGCGAUGGUUCUGAGCUGUAAGUCCGGGCGGUUGAACAUUGCAUUGUCGGGUCUGAACCCGUCGCAGCACGUGGCUCUGCUCACCCAGCAGCUCUUCCACUGUCUGGCCCACAAUGCACUGCUGCCGGUGUGUGGCUCGUUGCUGUCCCUCGGCCUCAUCACGCUGGAGCUGGAAAAACUCUGUCCUGAUUGGCUCGCUCUCACUGUCGACCUGCUGCACAAACUACAGAUCGACAGUUCUCAGCUGAUCAGCUGUCGAGAGCUGGUUGCACGUUGCCUGUCCACACACACGGCUUCCCUGCCUCCUAACACUGUGUACAUCUGCCAUCCCCUGCCGAACGCCCUAGAGCCUCGGGACGGGGGAGUCCUGCCCCCCUGGCAUGUCUCCCUCGCCCCGACAGCGCCCUCUGACCCCAACACCACCCACACCCGCUCGAGCAAGUCUUCGGCCAAGCGGAAGGUGGAACACAUGGAGGUGGAUGAGUAUUUUGAUGGGAUCAAGCGCCUGUACAACGAGGAGAGUCCCCAGGAGGGGGCGCUCACGUGCACAGGCGAACCGGUGGGAGGACGACAGGGUUUACCAGUGAUACAGCAGAACGCUGGCUCCUCCCCCUGCCCACCUCUCCAACCAGUCAGAGAAACCUAGUGGAAACGGCUGAUCAGUCACACAACCGCAGCAGCCGCGGUCAUCAGUUCACUUCAGAGCAAGAGAGAGGCCAAAAAUACUAACAAAAAAAAACAUACUCUGUGCAUGAUGCCAUUUCAUAACCGUAAACAUAAAAGGCUUUAAAAAGCAGAAAAAAAAUCUAUAUAAAUAUAUAUAUAUAUAUAUAUGGAAAAAUGUUUGCAAAAAAAAAAAAGUAGGCAUAUUUUUCCCUCCACCUUUGGAAACCAGCAUUGUUCCCGUUUGUCUCUUUUUAUAUGUAUUUGCCAAUUGUUUCAUCUAAAACUUUCACUGUUGUCUUUUCUCACAUUUCAUUUGUUUCACUUUAAACUUCUGAGUGCUCUUAAAUAAAUUACAUUUUUAUUAAAUCAAUUUUUUUAUUUGAAUAAUAAAAACUAAUUUAAUAAAAUAAUUUGAAUAAUGAUAAAUAUACAUUUAUAAUAAUAAAUAUAUAUUUAGAUAUUAUUUUUGAUUUAUUUUAUUUUUUUAAGGCCUUGGUUAAAGAGUGGCAUUUCUGAAGAUGUAUAUUAGUUUUGUAUAAAUAUUCACUCUUGCUCAUAGCUGGGUCUAAUUGCUUAAUGUCUGUGUGUGUGUGUGUGUGUGAGAGAGAGUGUGUGAGAUAAUGUCCCUAUCACUUUCUUAUACUGAGCAUUAAUGAUGAGCUAGUGUUGUUUGUGGCAUUAGAUCACACAUGGCGUGGCUUGGUUAGAUGAACUGUUUGUCGCUUGUUCUAAACCCAGUAAUGUAACUGUUAUAAUGAUUAGAAUAAACUGCGUAAGAUUCUGAAUUAACAGAAGAAGCUUUAGACUGCCACCAUUCCUUUGCUGAUCAUAACCUUCCUGCCGAAAGCUCUCUCUCCUGCUCUGAAGUGCUGAUGACGGUCCGGGUCGCUGCUGAGAAACCUACCAAUGCUCAAAUAAAUGAAAAUCUUCUGAA